UCCUCCUUUUUAUCACUUUCUUCAGCAGCAGGUUGCUUGUUAGCAUCUAUGCUACGGAAGUAGCAUUAUAAUGCAGUAGCUUUAGGAUACCAUCAUGGACGCAAACUGAGUAAAACUGGCAGUCUGAACGCAAACCAAGACAAGCAUGUUGACGUGAAAUAAGAACAAAAAAGGCWUCUGGGUGUGACAGACUCUUGGUAAGAAUGAAACGAGCAGAAAGGAAAGGAAAAGGAGGACUUAGCAGUUGCAGUGCAGGUAGAAGGCUAGCAUGCUAACGUGAGAUGCUCAUCGUGGUCAUGUUUUAGACCACAGGACCUCCAAUUUUAUUUAUUUUUCAAGCUAAAAAGCUGAGGAAUGUUUAAACAAACGUUUUUAUACUUCUGGGUUUUUUUGUACGUACCCGCUGACUUUUCCACUCGUGAACACCUGUUGUUUUCCUGCCUGUAGGAAGGUGGUUUGCACGUUAUGGAUUUCCUCACUAUUUUUGCGAUCUACGUCGCGGUGGUGCUAACAUGUAUGUUCCUAGUUUGUAAAUAUUCGGGCCAGCCUCAAAGCCCCUUCAACACACUACUCAACUAUGUUUCAAAGAUGGUCGCACGUUUGACGCCGCAGUGGCUCCAGAAGCUUUCACACUGGACUCUGCACCGAUUGUUUCAUCAAAGGAACAACCUUUUCAUCUAUGUGCACAUCCUGCUGGAGGGCGCCGUCUACGCAGAGUUCACCUUCGAGGUGUUUGGCUUCUGCAGGGAGCUGGACACUUCUUUAACCAGCCUGUCAGUGCCUUACGUCCUGCUGGUCAUCAAGACCUUUAUAUUCUACCUCUGCAUCAGAACAGACCCAGGCACGGUGACAAAGAAGAGAGUUCCCAGCCAGCUACACAUCUACCCGUACGACAGGAGGCUGUUUCAUCCUGGAGUUUUGUGUCCAACCUGCCAGCUUGUCAAACCAGCCCGUUCCAAACACUGCAGGGUCUGCAACAGGUGUGUCCAGCGCUUUGACCAUCACUGUAUUUGGGUGAACAACUGCAUUGGCGCUCAGAACACGCGCUACUUCCUGCUUUACCUCUUCAGCCUGUGUGCCAUGGCGGGGGACAUAGCCUUGCUGACAGGAGACAUGCUGCUUCAUGCUGUGCUGCGCUCAGGGCUCCUACGAGCUAGUUACAUUGAUGAGUAUGGGCAGCAGCAGGCAGCUGGACCUCUUUUUGUUGUACAGCAUCUGUUCCUGACUUUUCCCCGUAUUGUCUUCAUGCUGGGCUUUUUGAUCUUCCUCUUCUUCCUCCUCGCGGGUUACGCCCUGUUUCAUGCCUACCUGGCUCUCGUCAACCAAACCUCCAACGAGUGGUACAAAAGCCGAGGUUACGUCUGUCAGCACUGCCACCCCACAGCAGCGGCCGAUCCCCCUGUCCCGGAUCACUCUAAGAGGAACUACUACAGCCGAGGGCCGCUCCGAAACCUGAGAGAGAUUUUCUUUCCUCUGAAGUGUGUUCAGAAGAAGGGCAACUGAACAAAGAUGCCGUUUUACCUGUUGCCACUGGGAAAAUAAAAUGUUUGUGUUUAUUUUAUUGGCUUGGAUUAGUUUCCGUGCCUCAUAAGUUUUUUUUACCUUCUAGCUGCCCUUGUUUGAAACCAAAUAAAUAGUACUUUGUGGUAUUUUA